AUGCUUCGCCGCCACUCAAUCCAUCCUCAAGAGGUAGAAGCUUCUUUCACCUUCCUCAGCGAUCCGGGAGACCUUUCUUAUCUUCCAGCGGGUCACGACACCGAUCGUCUUCACUUCCAUCGCUCCGUCGACGAUUCCCGGCUGAUGAGAUCGAACGCGGAAUUGACAAGCUCCAAGCGAUCGCCAUCCGUACCCGCCGUAGCAUCUCGCGAAGAACAAGACGGGCCAAAAGUGUCUUCUGGCCGUACCAGCGAUGGACGCUCUGAUGAAGCUCGCUUGGGCUUGCCCAAGGACUGGACCAUCUAUCCUGUCUCACGGCACUAUGGUCAUGCAUCUCACACUCCCAAACGAGACUAUGAUAACAUUGACUUUACCAAAUUCGAUUUCACUCGAUCCAUCGAAUUCUCACUGUCUGGUGACAUUUCCGAGUCGAUGGAAACACUACCUCCUUAUGGUUCCCACGCCAAUUCUGCUGACCAACUCGAAGACAAUUUGCCACAGUAUCACGUAGAUGAUGAAUUUGGCUCCGUCGUCCAGGCCAUCUAUAAUCAGAAUGCCGAACUUCGCAAGAAACCGAAGCUUAAACACGUUCGUCCCCUUCCUCGCGACUUUACUGCAAAUGAACUCAAGGAACUUCGACGCAAAACUCGCCAUCGGAUCAGAGUGGUGACCAGAAACAGCUUAGGCUUGACUGUCAACCUUGGUCUCGCUUCUGUAGCACCACAGAUGCUUAUCGCUGCCGCCAUCAAUGGUUUCUGCUUAGGCAUUGUUCAGAAGCGCGAUGUUAUUGUUGCUGUUGUUGAAGGCAUCGCUGUCAAACUCGUCUUCCUCGCCAUUACCCUCAACAAUGACGACUUUCUUGUCCUUACUCAUGAGUUUGUCUCUGCACACUCCGAGCACAUCGCCCCUAUCUUGGAAAGCAUCCCUGGUUUCAGCCAAGCACAUCAGGCCUUUAUGGCACCCAUUGAAAGAAUACAGGAAAUGCUGGGCCUGCCAUCAAUGGCUCAGCGAGCUGUAGAGUUUGGGACUGGCGGCGGCUGGUACGAUCCUGCCGAUGUGGUGUUGAAGAACAUGUUCUUAGUCGGUGCCGUGCAGGUGGCCAUGGAAACUGCAAUUGAUCAGAUCCAGGACCGAUUAUCGAGAGCCAAGGAGCAUGUCAGGGAACAUCACGCCCACAAACGUAUUGCAAGACAAAGGGCCUGUGAAGUUGAGGGCGUGGCGUGGAGUCAGAAUGUAGAGGUGUUGUUCAAAUUAUCUGCUCGAGAGGAGAAGCUCGACUAA